AUGAAACUUUACAAAACAACUCCAGUAGAGAAAAGCGCUAAAUGCAAUUUUUCUCAUUACGUUUCCUCGCGGAAUGCUGCCGGUUUUGUCGGACGAGAUCUCCCAGAAAAAUAUUUUGAAAUGCCUGCCAUCAAACCAUUCCUGCCAUUUAUCGCUUCAUCACGGCUGGGCGACUCAGUAUGGUCUGAUGAACACAAUGCAUUCAUGUUUGUUGAGAGGGCAUGGGCUCAGCCACGAGAGUUCAUCAAAACAUUCAAAACCAGCGACUAUUUACUACACUGUUUCGGAUACUCGGAAUUGCUAUUGCAACUAAUUCUCGAACGCGAGCGAAAACAACCCAAAGAUCGUGGACCAGUACAAUUUAUUGUGAUUUUCGAUCUUGCCACUGUAAACAUCACUGACUAUGUAAAUCCUAUGAGUGGAUAUAUGAAGCUAUGGCAACUGCGGUCAGACCUCUGGCAAGAUUGGUAUCCGGAAGUGGUACAGGUGAUCUACCUCGUUAAUCCACCUCGUCUUGUUAGUGUGCUGUGGAAAAUUGCUCGGUUAUUCCUGAGUGAGGAAAAUCUCCGAAAAAUGGUGAUUGUUGGGGAUAAGGAGAUGCCAAAAUAUAUAAAUAAAAACUAUGUUCCGAAGGAAUAUGGAGGUGAAUUUGUAAAUAAAGAUCUACCCGGGGAUGAGUCAGGUGUUAGCAUUCGACGAAAAAUCACAUCUGCUGACCACUACCAGGCUUAUCAGCACUACGAAAUACGAGGGGUUCAACGGCCAAAACCUGCAAAAAAGGAUAUCUCACCCGGAGAGUUCUUUACCAUUCCAAUCAUAGUUCCAGAUGGUAAAAGUCUUUUGUGGGAUUUCACAACAAGCGGUGAAAUAGAGUUUUUCAUUUACAGAGAUAAGGAUGAACGUAAUCUUGUUUAUCCUCGCCUACGAUUGGUUUCAGCAAAACUUGCUGAGGAAGGUGUCCUACCCAAUCUGCCUGGAGGAGAGUAUUCAUUAGUGUUUGGUAAUCGUGGUACCUACUUUACCACUAAACUUGAAUAUGCUAUUACGCUUGUUUGA